CCGCUGAGGCCGCAGUUGCGGCGUCCCCGCAGCUACGCCCGCGUCGGGGCCGUCGUGGCCCCAAAGGGGGGGCGUGGUGGUGGGGGUGGGGGUGGGGGUGGUGGUGGUGGUGGUGGUGGUGGUGGUGGUGGUGGUGGUGGUGGUGCCGGGGACAGUGGGUCUGACGAGGGGAUCAGGGCUGGUGCCCAGGAGCAGCAGCAGCAGCAGCCGCCGCAGCAACAGCCGUCGCAGCAGUAGCAGCAGCAGUCGUGGGCCCGCCUCCCGC